AUCCGAUCCCCACCCUCCUCGCCUCCUCCCUACCACCUCCCACCGCGCCGCUCGCCAUGGCCACCUUGCCUCUAGCCUCGUCGUCUCCUCCCCCCGCCGCAGCCGACGGCGACGGCGUCGGGGGCGGCGCCGCCCGCUGCUCCUCGCCAACGCCCAUCCGCAGGAGGAGCUCCCCCAGCCACAGCGGCGGGAGCGCCCGCAAGAGUCCAGGGUCAAGAGAUAUUGGAGGAGGUUCAGUUUUGAAAUCUGUAAAUAAGUCAACAUUGCAGUUCAAGAGGUCCUGGUAUUGCAGAAGUGGUUCCCCUAUCAAUUGGACCCCUCGGAAGAAGACCGAAUCAUACAUGAAGAGAAAGAUAAAACAUCUUCAGGAGACUGAUGGAAUGACUGCAUCCCUUCACGAGACUUUAGGAAAUGCUAAUCCCCACUAUACUAGGAUGGCUAGGGAGAAGAUCGCUGCUAGAGAGGCGGCCAGAAAAGCGACAGAAGCUCGCAAAGCUGCUAUGGUUGAAGCUUCAUGGUGCAGAAUUCUUCGAGCAGCCAGGAUCCAAAACAAAUAUGCUGAAGAAGUUAUGGAAAAGGCGAUGCAGCGUGCGACUGAAGCAUUUGAGGAAGCUAGAGCAAUGGGUGUGAUGAUGUAUGACCGACUAGAUUGUCCACAUCAGCAGUAUGAGGUGGAAUCAUCGUCACAUACUGUAGGACGAUCAACCCUCAAAGUUACUGCAUCAUUUCAGACUGCUUUCCAGGUUGAUAUGGAAGUUGCUGCUGCAGUUAAAAAGGCAUUUCUUCAACUCUCAAGCUCUCCAGACUCAUCAAAGAAAGAAGAGUUUAAGGAGCUAUUAUGGAAAAUUAGCCAAAAUCCUGAUUUGACAGAGACUGAUGUGAAUUCUGAAGGUAAAGAGCAGCUGGGUGACUGUAGCGAUGGAGAUACAAGUAAUUUGAAACUCAAUAAAGGAAACUUCUGUAUCAGAAGCGUUUCUUCUGAUUUCAACACAAAAGAAGUUCAAGAAUCCACAGAUGUUGUGAACAUUAUGCUUGAAAGGCUAAAAGCUCUUCAUGAAGAUGAGCUUGCCUCCCUAGCAGUCAUUGUGGCCACAUCUGGCCUAAAUGCAGUACUUCAAAGUGAUAGGGGCAAAUAUCAUCAAACAGAGGCUGUGAAAAACAUUGGUACUGGGUCAUUCAGAUCACAGUCAAGAAGAUAUUCUACUGCAGCAAGCUUCGUUGAUGUCCAAGGACCAAAGAAAGAAGUCACCUCUGAGUUACCAAGUCUGGACAAGUUCUUGGUGAAGCAUCUUUCAAAACUCGAAAGAGAAGUUCAGGAAGCAAAAGAAGCAAGCAGAAAAUCCACUUCAGUAAAAUAUGUUGCACAAGGUGCCCACAGCCAACUUACAGGCACCAAUGCAAAGGCACCAGAAUCUGCUGACCUGGGCACCAUUCUUGUGAAGAAUGUGUCUAAGCUUGAGAAGGAGAUCCUUGAAGCAAAGAAGAACAACCAAGGCACUCAUCCCAUGGAAGGAAGCUGCAAGGAUGUCAAAGUGAGUGUGAAGAUAGAUGUGCAGUCUAGAAACAAGGAAUCUGAGUUUAACAAACCUCAGUCAGAAGCUGAAAAUAGCAGUGAUUUAAAGGAAAGUUGUAAUUCCAGGGGAUCAGGUGAAGACAACAAUCACAUCCAAGAUUUUUCUGAUUAUGUGCAAGACGAUAAAGAGAACAAAAUUUCAUAUUCGCAUCAGCUACCACCCUCUGGUGCAAAGGGAAAACAGGGUGGUAAAAGAUUAACUCGAAUUGAAGUUGCUAAGCUAGAAGCCCUUAAAUCCUUCUGUACUAAAGAUGGCAACACAUUAGAUGUUGGCCUGGAUAAGAUCUUCGUUAAGCCAAUCCACAGAUUGGAGAAGGAAAAGAGGGAAGCACUCCAAGGACAAACUAAUGUGCAGAAACAUCCUCAGAAGCAUGGUCAAAACACAACUGUGACAGGGAGCUUAGAUGAUAUCUUAGUGAAGCAUGUAUCAAGACUUGAAAGGGAAAAGAUUGAAUACAAGAAGAGGAAUGCAUCAGGAGAAGGAUGGAGCAACGUGCCACAUGAUCAGCGAAAGCAUGGUAACAGUGCCACAUCAUCUGAGAGUUUAGACCAAGUCUUGGUAAAGCAUGUCAGUCGACUAGAAAGGGAGAAGAUGGAAUAUGGAAAGAGAAAUGCAUUGGAAGGAGGAACCAAUGUGCAUGAUAAUAAGCAGAGGCAGUGUAACAAUACCUUGCCUUCUGACAGUUUAGAUGAUAUCUUAGUAAAACAUGUCUCCAGACUGGAAAAGGAAAAGCUAGAACAUGAAAAGAAGGGUGGUAUGGUCUUUCUAAAGAAGAGUCAUACACAUUGUACAGAUGAAGCAGCAGGAAGUCUGUCUGACAUCUUUGUCAAGCGUCCCACGAAGCUUGAGCAGGCCAAGCUGGCUUCUGCUCCCGAAGAAAAAUCGUUUAGUGGCUUAAACCCUAUUGAAGAACGCAGAAGAGUAAGAGAGAAGGAGCUUCUGGAUGCUUGGGGAGGAAUGGGUCUGGGGAACUCGAUGAAGCCCCAUGUGUCCAAGAUUGAAAGGGAUAAGGCUGCUUGGAGAAAAGCAGAGGAUGAACAGAAGCAGAUGUGUGCUUCAAGUGAGCUAUGACUUAACAGAGUUGGGACAAGUAUCCAAUGUACUUUCUGUACUGUACUCCAGUUCGGAGGAAUAUGCAUGCUAACUCCUUUCCUUUGCUGAAGGCAACUGCCAUUUGUUUGCAAGGAUCAGAACAUCCAGGGCGUCUUGACCUGUCUCAAUGCCGCAAAACUUGACGUUGUCAACAGGUUACUAUAUGAUCUCCCCGAUAGAUAUGCUGUAGCGUCCACUACCACAUUCCCCCUGCUUGCUGUCUUGUAAUAGCAUAUAGUUGUUGUUAUUUUGGUGCUUUAUUGUCUAGCUGCAAUACAGGGGUUACGAACAAUUAUAAAUGAAACCGAUAAACAACUCUUUAGGAGA